AUACACCGUCAUCAGUUCACCAAUUUGCGUAACCUAAACGCAGCGUUUUGACUUUCCCAAUUACAGGGCGAGGGUUAGAGAGAGAGAGGAGCUUGAGGCUGAGCUCUGAUGGCGGGGAAGCCCCAACCGGUUCGCGUACUGUACUGCGCGGUGUGCAGUUUGCCUGCAGAGUACUGUGAAUUCGGACCUGAUUUCGAGAAAUGCAAGCCAUGGUUGAUCCAAAACGCCCCGGACCUUUACCCGGAUCUCGUUAAAGAGGCUAAUGCUAAGGAAACUGAUAAAGUAGCCAACCAGUUGCAGUCCACUGGUAUUUCUUCUGGAGGUGGUGAUGGAGCUGCUUCUUCAGCACCUAAAGAAGAAGUCAAGCGUCUUCCAGGCGGGAAGAUUAAGAAAAAGGAGAAGCAAGAAGUUACGAUUGAAAAGGUCACACGUAAUAAGCGAAAAUGUAUCACCACUGUGAAAGGACUGGAGCUUUUUGGUGUCAAACUUAGUGACGCUUCAAAGAAAUUGGGUAAAAAGUUUGCUACGGGAGCCUCUGUUGUUAAGGGGCCAACUGAGAAGGAUCAAAUUGACGUUCAAGGAGAUAUAGCCUAUGACAUUGUGGAGUUCAUUACGGAUACUUGGCCUGAUGUCCCAGAAGCUGCAAUUUUCUUUAUUGAAGAUGGCAGAAAGGUCCCUGCUGCUUGAACAGUAUCUGUGGCACACAAAUAAGACUGGAGCAUGGUAUCUUUCUCCUGUUGGUGCGAGCUUUAACUCGAUUCAGUGUGCUAUCAAAGUAAAGGACCAGUGAACAUACUCCUUAAAGUUCCAAGAGUCCGAUUGCCAGUGAGAUGUUUGCCCCUCUCGAGUCUCUAGUUAUCUUGGUUGCAAGAAUUUUACAUUUUUUGCAGUUAAAUUGUAUUUCGAGAUCUGUAUUUUGCUUUGUAGGGGUAAUGGUAUAUGCCACUUGCUCUGUUCUUGUGUGUCACAUAUUACCUAAGGUUGAUCCUCAUGUUGCAGACCUAGCUGCUGCUUCCUGUAAUCUUUAGCUUCCGUGAGUUAACAAAUUAGAAACAUAUUCAAAAUUUUGGUUUACGAA